AGGAGCAACCUGUUUCACACGUGUAAACCCAAAACCACUACUCCCCCAUACCCAGUUAGCAACUCCCUUCACACGCUCACACACGCCGCAAGUCAGAAAACCACCACCCAAAAUAUCUUCAUCUUCUCCAUCUUCCUCCCGAUCUCUCCCCUUCGUCGUCUCCGGCGAUCCAAUUCACCGCCGCGUAAUCCGACGAAAUCAGGAGAGAUCUCAAUCAUCUCAUUAUCUCAAACUCAAUCGCAACCGAUUAUUAUCAUUUUUUAUAAAUUUCAUCCGCAGAUAUGAACGAGAAAGCUGGCGUCUCCAAGGAGCUCAAUGCUAGGCACCGAAAGAUACUAGAAGGACUUCUUAAAUUGCCGGAGAAUAGGGAGUGUGCUGAUUGCAAAACCAAAGGUCCUCGAUGGGCUAGCGUGAAUUUAGGCAUCUUUAUAUGCAUGCAGUGUUCUGGUAUCCACCGAAGCCUUGGGGUCCACAUAUCAAAGGUGAGAUCGGCUACACUGGACACAUGGCUUCCUGAACAGGUUGCAUUCAUCCAAUCUAUGGGAAAUGAGAAGUCAAAUAGUUACUGGGAGGCAGAGCUGCCACCAAAUUAUGAUCGAGUCGGCAUUGAGAAUUUCAUUCGUGCUAAAUAUGAAGACAAGCGAUGGGUUGCUAAAGGUGGAAGACCAAUCUCACCUCCUGCACCGCAAGAAGAAAAAGUGCCGGUGAAGCCCACUGAGAGUCCCGCUAGUGAAAGAAAAAGUUUUCAAACACAUACCGCCAAAAGCAACACACCUGUUGCAAGAAUCAAUCUUCGUGUGCCUCCAAAAGGACCAGAAAAUGUGGCACAAAAAGCUGAGGCGUCGGUUCCUUCUGCUGAGGUGGCAAAGGAGGUUAUUGAAACUGUCACUCCUCCCAAAGUUGAGUUUGCUACUGAUCUUUUUGACAUGCUGUCAAUGGACGAUGUUCAUACUGAGAAAGUUCCGGAAGCAGCUUCUUCUACAGAUGAUUUAUGGGCAGGCUUUCAAUCUGCUGUAGAAGUUCCAACUACAGGGGCCACAGAUGUUACAAAACCCGUUGACAAUAAGCCCAAGCCUGCAUCGGGAAUAGAAGAUCUGUUUAAAGAUUCACCUGCUGUCUCACUACCUAUUGCAUCAGAGAAGCCUAAAAAAGAUGUUAAAAAUGAUAUUAUGAGUCUUUUUGAGAAGCAGAGUAAUAAUACAUCACCGUAUGCUCUUCAUCAGCAGCAACUUGCUAUGCUAGCUCAACAGCAGUACCUACUUAUGGCUGCUGCAGCUAAAUCAGGUGGGUUGCCAAAUUUAGUCGGGAAUGGGCAACAACAAGGAUCCGCUGGUAGCGCUACAAACGUGUCUGGUCAAAAUUGGCCAAAUUUUGGGUACCAAAUCCCAGGAAUGCAGAUGCCAGCUCCCGGAAAAGUUGAAUUAGAUAAAUAUUUGCAGCAGAUGGGAAACAUGGGAGCAGCAAAUCCAGUUGCGAAUUCUUUUCCGGUUCCAACAUCCAGCAUGUACACAAUGGGCCUGAAUAGCGGCACCAAUGGCAUGACGCCACCUGGAGUUAUGGGGCAAACUUCUUCUUUCAACAGCAUGGGUCCCUCCGGAGCAUCCAAACCACAGUCUACGACUCAAGUACCAUCUGCUUCCCCCUCCCAGUCAGCAAAAGACUAUGAUUUCUCGUCGUUAACUCAAGGGAUGUUCUCAAAACCUUGAGCGGUAGUUAAAGUAUAUGAUAAAGCGCGCAAUUCAUAAAGAAAAAAAAAGUUAUUUUCCCUGUAUCAGGGAUUGUAAACCAUUUGUAGAGGAUACAGUUUUCAACUUUUACUUCCAUUUCAUCUGUUUUGUGAUACAUUCAUGAGGAUGGUUUCUUCUCUUUUACUUGUUAUUUCCGGUUUUAGUUUUUUCGACGUAUGUUGUUUUUCUUUGUUUAUGUAUAAUGAAAGAUUAUGCUCUACCUAUU